GAUAUGCGCAUAUUCCCGCCUUCAUAAAAAACUGCCGAAUAUUCUCUCUCAUUUUAGGCGAUUCCGCCUAUACAUACACUCCGGUUAUGUUUAUGUAUAUAUACCCGCGCACUGCCACCACCGCCUCCUCCUCCGCUUUCCGGUGAUCCACUCUGCUGAAAUCGAGAUGAAGUUCUGGAAGAUUCUGAGGAAGCUGCUGGAUGAGAUUUUUCCGGAUUGGCAGGAUAAGUUUAUAUCAUACAAGGAUUUGAAGAAGCAGCUCAAUUCGAUCUCUCCGCCGGAGAAACCGCCGGAAGAUGUUGCGGAUGGAGACGAUGAGCGGUCGAAGAAGCGGCAGAGAUUGGGAGACGAUCGGGUCGAUGAGGAGGGGAGAGAGGUGACGAAGGAGAUGAAGGAUUUUGUGAUGCUUUUGGAAGGGGAGAUUAAGAAGUUUAAUGGCUUCUUCAUGGAUAAAGAGGAGGAGUACAUUAUUACGCUUAAGUUGCUGGAAGAUGAGGUUGCUGAGGCUAAGGAUUUAAAAGAAGAGCUUAUGAAAGUGGGGCGAAAGCUUGUAGAUUUUCACGGAGAGAUGAUUUUGUUGGAAAACUACAGUGCUCUUAACUACACAGGCCUCUUGAAGAUUUUGAAGAAGUAUGAUAAGAAGAGUGGUGAUCUCAUUCGAUUGCCUUUCAUACAAAAGGUUCUGCACGAGCCGUUCUAUAGGACUGACGUGAUAAAUAAACUAGUGAAGGAGUGUGAGACAAUGAUCAUCCGCAUCUUCCAGCGGCAUGAGGAGUUGGCCCCUGUAGAAGACACUGAUCUGCCAGAAGGUUGCAGUGACCAGCCAGCUGUCAACGAAGAGGCCGGAAAACUCGUAGUUCCUGAAGAACUUGCAGAAAUCAAGUCUAUGGAGAACAUGUACUUGAAGCUCACCAUAUCAGCUUUGCGGACCAUGAAGGAAAUCAGAGGCGGAAGUUCCACCGUAAGCAUGUUCUCGUUGCCACCGAUGCCUGAAACAGAGCUUGAAGAAUCUGGGAAGUGAAAUUCGGGUAUAAAAGCAAGAAGCCUGUUGGUUUUUAUGAGCAAGAAACCGACGGCCUUCCUGAGGUUUCGGAACAGACAAUUAACUCUUAUGUGAAUGAUGAAAAGGUUUUGAUUAGAUAGUGUGUCUGAACACGAAUGAUGUAAUGGAGAGCUAUAACUGCUUCUGCCUUCUUCUUUCUUUCUUGACGAUUUGUAAACUGUUGAGAUGAUUUGGAGCAGGUUUUGGUGCAUACUAAUGUAUAUACUAUGUUGUUUGACUA